AACACAACUCACAUCAGAAACUUCUUCAAUGAAUCCAGGUAUAACAACACAACUCACAUCAGAAACUUUUUCAAUGACUCCCAACACAACAACACAACUCACAUCAACAACUUCUUCAAUGACUCCUGUUACAAUAGAAUCCAUGUCAACAACUUCAACGACUUCCAGUACAACACAACUCACAUCAACAACUUUAAUGACUCCCAAUACAAUAACACAACUCACAUCAACAAAUUCAAUGACUCCCAAUACAACAACACAACUCACAUCAACAACUCCAGUAACUCCCAAUACAAACACACAACUCACGUCAACAACUCCAUUGACUCCCAAUACAACAACACAACUCACAUCAACGACUUCUUCUGUGACUUCUUAUACAACAACAGAAUCCACAUCAACAACCUCAAUGACUCCCAAUACAGCAACACAACUCAAAUUAACAACUUCUUCAAUGACUCCUGAUAUAACAACACAACUCGCAUCAACAACUUCUUCAAUGACUCCCAAUACAACAACACAACUCACAUCAACAACUCCAAUGAUUCUGAAUACAACAACACAACCCACAUCAAAAACUUCUUCAAUGACUCCUGAUACAACAACAGAAUCCACAUCAACAACCUCAAUGACUCCCAAUACAACAGCACAACUCACAUUAACAACUUCUUUAAUGACUCCUGAAACAACAACACAACUCACAUCAGAAACUUCAUCAAUGACUCCCAAUACAACAACACAAUUCACAUCAACAACCUCUUUAAUGACUCCUGAUACAACAACAGAAUCCACAUCAACAACCUCAAUGACUCCCAAUACAACAGCACAACUCACAUCCACAACUUCAAUGACUCUUGAUACAACAACACAACCCACAUCAACAUCUUCUUCAGUGACUCCUGAUACAACAACAGAAUCCACAUCAACAACUUUAAUGACUCCCAAUACAACAGCACAACUCACAUUAACAACUUCUUCAAUUACUCCUGAUACAACAACACAACUCACAUCAGAAACUUCAUCAAUGACUCCCAAUACAACAACACAACUCACAUCAACAACUCCAAUGACUCCGAAUACAACAACACAACUCACAUCAACGACUUCUUUAAUGACUGCUGAUACAACAACAGAAUCCACAUCAACAACCUCAAUGACUCCCAAUACAGCUACACAACUCACAUCAACAACUUCAAUGACUCCUGAAUCAACAACACAACCCACAUCAACAACUUCUUCAGUGACUCCUGAUACAACAACAGAAUCCGCAUCAACAACUUCAAUGACUCCGAAUACAAACACAGAAUCCACAUCAACAACCUCAAUGACUCCCAAUACAACAACACAACUCACAUCAACAACUUCUUCAAAGACUCCUGAUACAACAACACAACUCACAUCAGACACUUAUUUAAUCACUCUUAAUACAACAACACAACUUAUAUCAACAACUUCUUCAGUGACUCCUGAUGCAACAGUAUCCAUGUCAACAGCUUCAACGACUCCCAAUAAAACAACACAACUCACAUCAGAAACUUCUUCAAGGACUUCCAGUAUAGCAACAGAAUCCACAUCAACAACUUCAAUGAUACCCAAUACAACAACACAACUCAAAUCAGAAAUUUCUUCAUUGACUCCCAGUACAGUAACACAACUCACAUCAACAACUUCUUCAAUGACUCCCAAUACAACAACACAACUUAAAUCAGAAACUUCUUCAGUGACUACUGAUACAACAACCCAACUCACAUCAACAACU